AUGGCCCCGCUCUCUUUGAAGAUCGUUCAGGGUGGCGGAGCCAUCACGAGGACGGUGUUGUUUGAUUCGACCAUGAGAGUCAGUGAGGCUCACGAGAUUGUGAAGGAGAAGGUGCUUCUAGAUAAUCCUGGAAAAGAGUAUGGGCUCUUUCUAACGUCAGCCGAUGAUGAACUCUCUGGAGUGUGGCUGGAAGGUCACCGAACUUUAGACUACUAUAUGCUUCGUGAUGGGGAUUCCCUGCAGUACCUCUGCAGAACACGAAACCUCAGGGUCAGAAUGUUGGACGGUUCGGAGAAAACAAUGCAGAUUGACGAGUCCAAGUGUGUCAGCGAAUUAAUGAUGUUCAUUUGUGACAAAAUCGGUAUCACGAAUCACGAAGAGUACGGCCUAUGCUUUGAGAAUACGACAGAACCACAAAAGGAGAACCCAGCCAUUGGUACUCUCACCUUGCGGAAGCAGCAGACGCGAGAGAAGGAUGCAAAGCUGGAGCAACUGAGCAAGAAACUUAAGACUGAUGACAAUGUGGAAUGGUUGGAUCAGCACAAAACCCUGCGACAGUUGGGCGUGGAUCCAAAGGAAACACUUUUACUAAAACGCAGGCUUUUCUACUCGGACCGCAAUGUGGAUUCUCGGGACCCGGUGCAACUCAAUCUGCUCUAUGUCCAGACUCGCGACGCCAUAUUGGAUGGACGUCAAGUUGUUACUGAGGCGAAAGCUGUCGAAUUCGCAGGGAUUCAGUGCCAAGUUCAAUAUGGGGACUACCAAGAGGACAAACACAAACCGGGGUUCAUAGAAAACCUUAAGGAAUUCCUCCCAGAACAGUACGCAAGUUCGUGGGGUGUGGAGAAGAAGGUUCUGAAGGAGCACAGCAAGCAUCAUGGCCUCAGUCCACUGGAGGCAAAGCACCUGUAUACUAAAACUGCAAGAGAAUUGGCGACGUAUGGGGUGACGUUCUUCUUAGUUAAGGAACAGCAAAAAGGCAAAAAGAAGUUGGUGCCUAGGCUCUUGGGCAUUAAUGCCGAGUCGAUUCUUCGCUUGGACGAAGUCACCAAAGAGAUCCUGCAAGUAUGGAUGCUGACCCAAGUGAAAACGUUUCGAGCAGGAAAAGAGACUUUUACUUUGGACUUCGGAGACUACAGCGAUAAAGAGUACACGGUGAAGACAAACGAGGCGCAUCGUAUCCGAGACAUCCUGCAGGGCUACAUCGACAUCAUCCACCGCUCGCUCGCCGCGCCGUUCAACGUUACGCCGGUGGAGGGACAUACCAUUUGCGAGGAUAACGUGCAGUCUUCGAAAGGGCAAAUUAUUCAAAAUGUCGUUCCUAUGAAGGUGGUCGAGCACUCAUACGUCGGUCCCAGCAAGCUCAUAUCAUACGUUCAAGGCUCCGAAGCAACAACCGGCACGCAAAUAAUGACAGUGAAUCAGAUGCUUGUCACGAAGAAAGGAGCCGUGCAGCAGCGUGGGACUAUAAGAUCGACUGGUACACGCGGUAGUUCGAUGGAGUAUUUGGAGAAGAUGAAACGUUUGAACUCAAAUUCGAUGGAGAUGGUUGAAUUUUUAACAGAUCCUAGCAACAAGCAGGAAGAGAAAGUGCAAAAGGUCAAUGCACUUGUAGCUAAUAUUGAAGAAGAUAUGAAUAGUAUUAUAGAAGGUGUUCACAAAAGCGUUGAUAAGGAUAACGACGAAGUGAAAAGGAAGCUGCUAUCUGAAUUAGACGAUCUUUGCGCAAGCUUCAAGCUCUUGAUCAGCACUUCUAAACAAAACGAUUUUGGAACACCAGAGAGUCUUUCGAUCGCACAAGAAUCAGCCGAGAAAAUAGUUGGUAUCUGCACACAGAUGUACUGCUCUUUAGACCCCGAGAUUAAGAGGCGUAGCAAGAUUUUAAAGCGAUCCCAUCAAAGCUUCAUCGCGGACGAGAGAACCGAGGCAACGUUGCGGCGCGCCUCGUUCCUCGCGGCCGCUGCACACGCGUGCAACACCGUCGACACUGCUAAGAAGGAGUUAGACACGACGUUUGAAGGUUCAAUACCCGAAGGACACGAGGUUCAUAAACUGGAAAGAGAGGCAAGAAAGAAAAUUGGCAAAAUAAGUGCAGCAAUAGCACUACUUAUGUCUGCUCAAGCUGGUUUGUACUCCUAUCUAUUUCCUUAUUGUGCGAGGCACUGCAACUUAAUAGUUUAUACUAUAUAA